AUGAACUGCGAAGUUUGCCAGCUCAAAGAACUCGAUGUUGAGCACUUUGAGAUACGCGAAGUUCUUCGAUGCAUUCUACACACAAUUUUGUUCCACAGGGCUCUAGGGCUAGUGCGCCCGAAAGAUAUUGAUCUGGAGCUCUUUGAGAUUACAUAUGUACAAUGUGGUGAUUUGGAACUUGAUCGCAAAAUAGAUGAGAAGAUUGAUCAAUUUAUUGACAGGGUGGAGAAGCACCCGAACAAAAAAAACCAGAUAUGCCUAUCCUUCUACGAGAUAAAGAACAAACAGGCGACUUGGUUCACUAAUAAAGUCGAGCGCCUCUACUGGGAACAGUGGUACAUAAAUUUGAAUGUGGUACAUCCAAAGGGUCAUUAUGGAAAGUCGUAUUCUUCAAAGAUGGUGAUUGUUCCUGGAGGAGCUGAGGCAAGGAGUGCUAGACGUGGGGCUCUAGAAUCUUCCCUCCGUGAUGUUCUCUUUCAGAUAAUCAGAUUUGUGAACGAGAAGAAGGAUCAUGUUCCUCCAAUACCGAAUCUCGAAGGUGUCUCGUUUCCUUAUGAAAUUACUAUAUCGAGUUCAUCAGAUUCAGCAUUCGGGAUGGACAUGUUCAAGAGGAUGCUCCAAACUGGGCACCCUACUAUGCUUAGCUGA